UGUAUAUAAUUGACUGAUAUAAUAUCAGUCAAGAUAUUGUCUGAGCAACGCUGACAUCUGCUUCCAAGUCUAUAAUGUUGUUGUUGGUCAAUCCGAAAUCCAUUCCGAUUCAUAAAUCUUUUAAGGAACUGUCAGACCAAUCGGCCGGUGUAGAAUGAAAUCAGAACGGCAGAAACGUAGCUCUUAACUUUCCGUACGACCACCCCGUUUCUAUGCUGGUUUCUAUGAACAGCCCAUCAACAACAUGGCGCCCACUCUACUGGUUGUAGAGUAGUUCUGGGUUAAAUGGUUCUAUAAAAGGCUUUAGUUUGUUGUUUUUCUAAUUAUUGAAGCUAUGCUUUGUGGUGACCCUGUGACUCGGGGGAGAGGUGGAGACCUUUUCUCUAUGUUUUUGUCAUAUUACGAAGGAAGUGUCAACAGUUAAGUUUUCGGGACAGACAGCGAAGUACAACGUCAUUUAGCUCACCUGCUUAACAAGAAAGUAAAGGAUAUGGAGAAGGAUGGAUGCUUCCUAAUACAGUGACCAGGAUUUUUAAUCUGGUUUUUGGAAACAGCUUUAUGAAACCUAUAAUUACGCACAGAGCAUCAAGCUGUACAACUCGUUGAAUAUUAGCAAAACAUGUUUUUGUCAAACUCCCUGACACGGGAUUCCACUCCGCUUUCUAAUGCAGAAAGGAUGUUUUUCACUUGCAAAUUGACAAAUGACAACUUUUCUUCCCAUCUUUCGGAAGAAAAGGAAAAAGAAAGGGACAGACUCCCACCAAUAUUGCCUGCGCCCACAACAUCAUCUGGGAUUCUGGACCGGGGACCCAAAGGUCAGUUUUCUACAUUAAGUAACUUCAUUUCCAUUAUGAACCAGAAGAAAGAGUCAUCUAUCAACAGCUGUUCACCUACACAGCUUAUUAUACCCAACAACAAAAAUGUGAGAGACCUACCACCCAUCUGUCCAGAUGUCAAACAAAGGCAUCGCAUUUCUAUAGACAUUCUGCCUCAAGAACUGAAAGCACCAGUGCCAUUAGAGCCUGUUAUACCAACUCGCACAAAAAGUAUCAAGGAAUUUCAGGAAGAUAUAGAAAAGGCUAAGACAACUGGAGACUGGAAAACUGUGCAAGAAUUUUAUUUAACAACGUUUGAGUCCUUCCUGGAACUGAAUGCGGCAUUUAAGAAAGAAGCAAAUGCACCAUUUAAUACCACUGAAGAUCCUGGUGUCAACUUCAAGUUCCUAAAUAUUGUGUAUGAUGCCUUAAUAAAUACUCCUGCUGAUAAUCAGAAAUCAGUGCUGAAAGGAGUAAUUAAUAGUUUAUUACGAGAAUGGAAAGGACCACGAACAAAAGAUGACCUUAGAGCUUAUUUCAUCCUUGUGCAGAAUCCACAGUUUACAAGCCCAUCAACAUAUGUCAUCUAUGCACAUUUGUUACGACAGAUCGCCAGCCUGGCUGAGACAGAUCACCAUUUCCUGGUUCACUGGUUUAAAAAGAUACCUCAGCGAAGGUUUAAACAACUAGUUGAUAGAUUACUCCAGUUUGUAUCCUUGCGUCUGUUUCCUGGAAAACCUGAUGAACUCCCUCCUAUGGCGAAAUGUAGUUGGUGGAUACCAUCAGCAGUCAGAAUUUUGGCUCUGCUCAAUGCAGCCAAUAGCCUGUCCAGCCCUCCAGUAAUAGCUUAUACAGAGUUUUAUAACUCAACGUUGGACCAUAUUGACCUCAUGGAAGAGUACCACACUUGGCAAUGUUAUGGAAAUUCACAGAGAUUUUCCUUUUGUCAACAUCCUUUUAUUCUUUCUAUAACAGCAAAGAAAGUAAUUAUUCAGAAAGAUUCAGAGCAACAGAUGAUCAACAUAGCAAGGCAAAGCCUUGUGGAUAAAGUAUCACGAAGACAACGACCUGACAUGAACAUGCUUUUCUUGAAUGUUAAAGUAAGAAGAAUGCAUCUUGUCAGUGAUUCACUUGAUGAGCUUACAAGGAAAAGAACUGAACUAAAAAAAAAGCUAAAGGUGACAUUUGUGGGGGAAGCUGGUCUUGAUAUGGGAGGUCUAACGAAGGAGUGGUUUCUUCUCCUGAUUCGUCAAAUUUUUCAUCCUGACUAUGGUAUGUUUAUAUAUCAUAAUGAUUCCUGCUGCCAUUGGUUUUGUAGCUUCAAAUGUGAAAAUUAUUCGGAGUUUCGAUUAGUGGGAGCUCUUAUGGGUUUAGCUGUAUAUAACAGCAUUACACUGGAUAUCCACUUUCCUCCUUGCUGUUACAAGAAACUGCUGAGUCCUCCUGUAGUUCCUUCUGAUCAGAACACUGCUGUCGGCAUUGCCAGUCUUACCCUUGAUGACUUGUACCAUGUGAUGCCAGAACUGGCACAUGGACUCAAUGAACUUCUGAAUUAUGAAGGCAAUGUGGAAGAAGACUUUUAUUCAACCUUUCAGGUUUUUCAAGAAGAAUUUGGAGUGACAAAGUCGUAUAACCUUAAACCAGGAGGAGAUAAGAUUCCACUGACUAAUCAAAAUAGAAAAGAAUACGUACAGCUUUACGUAGACUUUCUUUUGAACAAGUCCAUAUACAAGCAAUUUGCUGCAUUCUAUCAUGGAUUCCAUAGUGUAUGUGCAUCAAAUGCAUUAAUGCUUCUUCGUCCAGAGGAGGUUGAAAUCUUAGUUUGCGGAAGCCAUGACCUGGAUAUGCAUGCCUUACAAAAGGCCACUCAAUACGAAGGAUUUACAAAAAAUGACCCAACAAUAAGAUAUUUCUGGGAUGUUGUUUUAAACUUCCCAACUGAGCUUCAGAAGAAACUUUUACAUUUUACGACAGGAAGUGACAGAGUCCCAGUUGGAGGCAUGUCAGACCUGAAUUUCAAGAUUUCUAGGAAUGACAUUCACACAGAUUGGUUACCUAUAGCACACACCUGCUUCAAUCAGCUCUGUUUUCCCCCAUACAAGAGCAAGAAAGAAGUCAAGCAAAAGCUUGUAAUUGCUAUUUCAAACGCUGAGGGCUUUGGAUUGCAGUAAAUCAAACAGUAAAGUAAAGACAUACUGAUAGCUGAGAUCCAUUGCAUUACACUAGCUGUCUCUGUAGAAUUGCAGAUGAACUUGUUUAUUUGUCACUGCUGUUAAGACAUAUGAUUGUUUCUGACUUGCUGCAACACAGUUUUAUCUGUAUAAAGACAACUGUGGCCAAAGAAAUACUGCCUGAUGCCUUCUAGCGCUAUAUGGAGAAUAUUUAUCAUUUCUAAAACAAUGUCAAGAGAAGUACGUUUAACAGAAGAUUUAAGCACAGGAAAAAAAUGCAGGAAAAGAACUUAAGGUUACCAUUUACAUACUCUUAUGUUUAGCUAUUUGGAUUGAAUUUGCUUGCAGCUAAUUGCUCCUCUGUGAAUUAUGUAGCAAGAUUUUCAAUACAAACUGCAUCUAUAAAUAUACUUCCUCCAAGACUUAAUGAACUCAGAAGCAGUAUAUUUAUAGUCUGAGAAUGGGAUGGUAGAGCCUGUAUGUUGGGGAGUACAGUUGUCCCCUGCAAAAACAAAUUUGUAAAGAGUCUACUGAUUGUGACUGUUUGGUGACUUGAGCAAUCAGCAAUGAGUUGGUGAAACUGAAGUAGUUGGGGUUGGUUUAGUGAAGUAUAUCCAGUCUUUAGUACUUCCUUGCUAUCUGCAGCUUUACUGCAAUCACAUAACAAUUGUGUAUUACAGAGUGGUGUGAGUUAUGUAGAAGACAUCCACUAAAUGCGUAGUUAAAACAUGUCAACCAUGAGACUUUAACAAAUGACUCACAGUUUGACUAUGGUUGUUUUAGCACAUUCUUAGAACACAUUAAUUACUGUUUUAGUCUCUGUUUAACAAGAAAAACAAUCAGUCACUGUGUUCUUUUCCUAGUUUAGCAGUGUUUUUCUUUUUUGCAUAUUCUGCUUCAGUCCAGUCUUCAUUCCGUCUUUCCUCUCUGUGUCAUCUUACAAAAUGAAGUGCUUGAAGUGA